AUGGAGGGCGCCCCGAUCGACGAGGCACCCGCGUCGGGUCAGGAGCCCGUCGGGGCUCCGCAUGAAGAAAACCCACCCCACAACGACGACAACCCCGUGACAAAACUGUUCAAGGACAUGGGCACCAAGGUCAAGAACGUGGUCGCCGCUGUUGAGCGGAUGGAAGAGGAGGUGAUAGACGACAAGACAGUGAACGACAAGGUUAAGGCGAUACAGCACACGAGGAACGUCAAGACCCUGCGCCAGAUGUGGAUCGACCUCAUCCUCUCGAAGGAGUUUACCACCAUCAUCGAUCAGGUGUUCGACAAGUGCUGUAAGCUCAACGACGAUGACGGGGACGGGCACGAAGGGGACGGCAAGUUGGACAGAACAGAGCUUGGGGCCGCUAUGACGAUGUUGUGGGAACGGCUGGACCAGAAGACGGGCGGUGGCAAGAAGCUGCCAAGGAUAAAGGAAAGCGAGGAGACUGUACUGAGGCGGUACGACGCCGACAGUGACGGCCACUUGGACAGGGACGAAUUCCACGGGUUCGCCAGGACGUACUUCAGUCGGGUGGAGUGGAGUUCUUGGAGAGUUGCAUGCCACGGUGCCACCAAGGGGUUCGGGUUCUACGUCGCACAGAGGAUGCUGCUACAACCCGCGAUCGGGAUGGUAAAGACGGCGGUGGGGCCCAUCGUCAAGGCCAAGAUUCAGAAGGCGCUGGAGAGUGGCGCGGCGUCGGUGCUGCGGGGGUCGUUGCGGAAGGUCAAGUACGCGGUCAAGCGGCCUCUCGCAAAGACAAACAACGCGGAGGGAAAGGCGAUACUGGAGGAGGAGUUGAUGGAGAUGAGGGCCAAGGCACGGGCCAAGCUGGUCGCCUUAGUCAAGAGCGUCGCUAUUUGCUGCGUGGGCGGCAGCGUGGGCGCGGUAGCGGGAUGGCUGUAG